AUGGCUAUGGAAGGUAACUUAUUUUCGUAUUGCAUUUGAUUAGUUUAAUUCAACCGACUAGGCUGCAUAAUUCCUUCAAAAUGUCCUGAUAAUGUGGUCUACAAAUGUUAUUUCCAAACAAACGAAAAUGAACCCUAAGAAAUAACUUGGUUUAUUUUUGUCCAAUUCUGUAUGCUUACUUUAGCCUAUUGCCUAGAGCACUCAUGGUUAUGUAUAGGCUAGAAUGUUAGGGGUCUGUUUUCCACAUUGGCAUAUGGUUUUCCAUCCUCUGUCCCGCCGAAGGUGUUGACGAAACUGGGAUUAUUGCGGACCCACCCGUCAAUUCACAACCUGCCGGCGACGUGGAUGAAGAGAGGGGUUCCCUCUUCGAUGUAACAUUUCUGGACCACGACUUUCCAGGUGCUGAGACGGAGACCCCGACCCGCAAGACCUACCAGGAGUUCCAGCCCAAAGCACUGGGGGUGUGUGUCAUUUCUUGCGGAAGCGAAAUCUAAGAAACAUAACUAAAUCCUCAUCAAUUCCCUACAGAAUAAGGCUAUUUUACUAAACUACUGAUAUUGUAUUCCAUUGACAAUUGGUCCUCAAUUAACUAACCUGAUUUAAUAACGUUAAAAUGCAACCAUAAAAAUGUUCUGCCUCCUGCAUUUAUUCCGUAGGAAUCUUGACUUUGUGGAUAUUUCCUCUCAUCAUAGGUCUCUCAGAUCACGUUGGGUGUGUUUGUGCUCAACUCAGUUUAUGUCAGUGUCGCCAACCGAUUGGAUCAGAGAAAUGAAGAAGUAACCAGGGCAAUAGGCUCCCUGUCUGUGAGUAGUAUACUUCUCUAUGCAUGUCCUUUACCAACUAUUAGGUUUAUUAGUAUGGUAAAUAAAUUCAUGCUAUUAUUGAACAAGUGAAGAAUGCUAAGAUGUGUUCUUGUUUUGCCUUGCUUUAUCUUGACAUGAAAUGGGUGAUUUUCAGCUAACUGUGCUGUGCUCUCUGUAGGCGAUAGUGGCGGGAAGUGUGGCCAUAGCAGCACAGAGUCUUCAUGUUCCCACAGUGAGUCAUCAUAGUCUGAUCCCAGAUCUGUUUGUGCCGUUUUGCCUACAGUCAGUUGGCAAGAGAGCACAAACAGAUCUGGGACCAGGCUAAAUUAUCAUAAUUUCUGACUGAGAUUACUCAUUGCGUUAUCUGGAAGACAAAAACGUCUACUGUCUCAUUUUCCUCGUCCUUUCAGCUGAAGGCGUGUCUGGGGACACAGCUGGCUGCCUGCCUUAUGGCCAUGUUCAACGUGGUCGUCGUAGGAGAAAAGCUGUCUGACACCCACUUAGUGCCAGACUGCUGGCAUUUCACUGAUUACAACAACACACAUCAUCAUCACACCACCUGCGACAAGCUGAUGGUGAGUCCCAUAGAAAUAGCGUUAGAACACAGACUAUACCGUAUACUGUAUAUAAGGCCUAAAUAAUGUAUAUGUCCCGAGAUCAACUUCUUCAGCUGAAUCUCACAGUGAAAAGAUUUGGGGACGUUCUGGGGUAACUAUUGUCUUGUACAGCUCCAAGAUUUAGUAGUUGUUAGUAAUCUGAACAUCUGUAUGUGUCAAUCAAAGGUUGAAAGGUUGUUGAUGGAAAACAUAAAUAUUAAAACACAAUACAAAUAGUGCUGUAGAUGUUUAGAAAACUAAACAUGUUGCCACAGUAUGGUAGCGUCAUUCACUCAUACCUCAAACUCUGUUCCUGUGUCUACUAUCUCCCCCUCCCCUACCAAGAAUGCAGUGUAUCCAUUCUAUGUCGAGUGGUUCCUCGUGCACGCUACUCUCCUCGGCAUCUCUGUUACCCUGACUAUCUACAGCUGCAAGCUGCUCCGCUUCUGCUCCCCUGCAGCACCCAGCACGGUAAGAGUUAAUUUCAAGAGCAUGAGAAUUUGAACACAUGCCAAAUGGUUUGACCAGAUGCAUGUUCCAUACUCACAUCCUCUUCUACGCUUCACUGAAGCUAUUUGAUCACACACACACAAUGUAUUUACAUUUUAGCUGCUAUGCUUAAUCUGAGAAUAUGCUUUCAUUGUUGUUUAAUCAUGUUUUCUUUCUUAAAGCCUGUGGUCACUGCAUAUACUAGCCCAGCUCAGUGAGAAGAGAUGAGGUACAUAGAAAGGAACCUAAAGCCAUCAUGAGGAGACACUGAUGGGUCUAUCUAGCCGUGCACUUUCUUCAAAUCUAUUUGUCACUAUGUUUUCUGUCUUGCACAUACACUUGAUGUUGAUGAUAUGUUAUAUUACAGUGGGGGGAAAAAAAUAUUUAGUCAG